CAUGAGAUGUUAUAAUCUACAACUUCCAUUUAUCCUGGACACUGUAUAAUGAACACAGUAAACACACAAUAGAAGGAUUUAACGAAGAAUGUUGAGAUGGACACCAAGUUAACGGCUUUGCCAGUGAUAGUGUAAAGUUGUAAACACGGUGAUAAUCGUCGAGGUAAGGCGAGUGUGCUAAACUGCACCGAAUUUCUUGGUUCUGCUAUGAAGCUAUGGUAUAUGAGGCAGGAAGAUUUUAACGUCCGAAACCAAAUAAAAAGAAUCAGGACUAAGAAAUAUGAACUAUGCACGAAAUGUUUUUAUGGUGGGUCUUCGCAAGUAACGGCGCGAUCGUAUAUAGACAAAUAGAUAAUUUCUUAAAUGUAUGAAAGGUAGUAAAUAGGACGUCUUUCUCAGCACCUUUACACAAAUACAAGAGGUGAGAUGCGUGUAACACACUAGGAUGUUUGGUAAUAGCAGCGUUGUCAGGAAGAAGAUAAAUUCCUGCCAACAGUCAGCAACUCAAAGCGGUGGCACCGGCACACGAGUUAGCAACACCCGGUGGGAGUGUGGCGUCACUGGCACCUGCAGUGGUGGUCGGCAGGCAAGGGUGUGUCAGCUGCUGUGGCGGGGCUCAUCGCAGACAUACGAAGGAACAAACACGCGGCUACAUCCAGCCACUACUGCAGUGCACAACCUGGGAGAUGGCGAGUCAGGAGGGUAGCGCUCGGCGAGUGGCUGAAUUGGACACUCCUGCCUUCCUGGUUGAUUUCAAUAAGGUCAGCACCAACUGUGCCAAGGCCCUCGCCCAGUGCACCGAGCUGGGGGUCACUCUCAGAGCCCAAACCAAGACCCACAAGACAAUAGAGGGUGCAGUUCUGCAGACAGGAGGCACUCGGCGAGGACUGGUCACUUCCACCAUACAAGAAGCAGAGUUUUAUGCCGACAAUGGAUUCGAUGACAUUCUCUUUGGGUUUCCCUUCAUUCCUCACCACAUGCCGCGCGCCGCCCAGCUCACCAGGCGCCUCGAGAAGUUCCACGUAAUGGUUGACUCAAGGGUCGCUGUAGACGUGCUCGUUGCCAACACCCCCCCUCCUGGCAAAACCUGGUCCGCGUACCUCGCUGUCAACUGCGGCUACAACAGAGAAGGCGUGUGGUGGGAGUCCAGUGAGGGUGAGGAGCUGGCCUGCCUGAUGGACAAGUCUCCCUCAGUCACCUUCGCCGGGGUUUACGUGCACUGCGGCAACUCUUACAGUGCCUCACAGCCACGCGACGUCGAGCGAGUGAGGGAGGAGACCAUUGAACGGCUGCUGCAUCUGGUUGGGCGCAUCAAGGCCCGUGGCGUGGCUUGCCCUGUAUUGGGCAUCGGCUCCACUCCGACCUGCAGCCACCCGGGCCCCAGCAUGCGGCAACUGACGGAGCUGCACCCAGGGAACUACAUCUUCUAUGACGCGCAGCAAAUGGUUCUUGGCUCGUGUAAGGAGGCUGACAUUGCUUGCUGCGUUGCCACAAGAGUCAUCGGCCACUAUCCAGACAGAAACCAGUUACUGAUCGACUGCGGGUUUUCUGGACUAACGAAGCAAGGGACGGGUCAACUCCCUUCAGGAUGUUGCAUCUUUCGGGACCAACCAAACCUGAAGCUGGACAAAAUGACACAGGAGGUAGGCUUUGUUAACGCAGUGAAGGGGCAUCUGAACCUUGACGACUUCCCUAUUGGCUGUAUGCUUUUCAUCUUGCCUUGGCACUCUUGUGCCACCGCAGCCAUGUAUCCUGUGUACCAUGUAGUGGAGGAUGACGCUGUUGUGGCUGAGUGGCGGCCUACCCGGGGUUGGUAAGGCUAUCAUCCCUCCUUACACCUUCAUGGCAAAAAAUAAAAAUAAAAAUAAAACAAUCAAAAUCA